GAACAAGGGGCGCAAAACCCAGAGAGAGUGAGUGAGAGAGAGAGGCCGAUUGGAACCAUCCCCACCGUAGAAAUCCACCCCCUCUUCUUUGAAAGUCCCUGUCAGUAUCCAUCUUCCAUCUGUCUUUCUUCAGCAACGCUGGGACGUAGAGGCUCAGGAUCCAGCUCCGUUUCGUGCCCGGCAUGGAGCCCCAUUCCUCGCCGGAGCCGAAACACAACACGCCUCGGGAUCGCAUCCUUUGGAGACUUGAACUGUGUGAUGUUCCCAAGGAGAUGUUAGAUCAUCUGCAGUCGGGUUUAGUGGCUUUCACAAAGGAGAACAAGUCCCUGCUGCCCGAACUGGUGUCUGCUAUAUUACCUAAUGAUGAGGAUGUACAUGAGGCGCUCCAAGCGGCCAAAAUAAAAUCUGGUGGAAGCUUGAAGGGACCAAGUAUGAAAGAGCAGUUCCGUGAAAGCUUUGUGUGGUUGCAGUGGCUGAUGUUUGAGGAAGAACCCCGAGCUUUCCUCAAGAGUUUGGGAAAAGGGGGUUUAGGCCAACGUGGCCUGUGUGGAGCCGUUUUGGGGCGCAACAACAUUGCAUACCGUUGUCGAACAUGUGAGAACGACCCAACAUGUGUAAUAUGCGUUUCGUGUUUCCAGAAUGGCAAUCACAAAGACCAUGACUAUUCAAUUGUGCACACAUCAGGAGGAUGCUGUGACUGUGGGGAUGUGACAGCAUGGAAACGUGUGGGCUUUUGUUCAAAGCAUAAAGGGUUGGAACAGAUACAAAGGCUCCCGGAGGAGAUUGCGAGCUCAGUGGGGCCCGUCAUUGAUGCCCUUCUUGUUUGUUGGAAAGAGAAGUUAUUGUCAGCGAAGGCUGCUGCUAAGGCGAAACCUAGAGAUGGUGACUAUUAUAUACGUGCAAUGGCUGCGAAUGAGUUGUCUUUGGCAGCUAUUGAAAUGUUGCUUGGUUUUUCCAAGCACAGUGAGAGUCUUCUUUGUUUUGUUUCGAAACGGAUGCUUCUGUCAAUUGGGUUCUUGGAUGUUCUCGUGAAGGCAGAGUGGUUCUUGUCCAAAGUAGUUGCCAAGAAGCUCCUUGAAUUGCUAUUGAAAUUGCUUGGUGAGCCUGUCUUUAAGUAUGAAUUUGCAAAAGUCUUCAUAAAUUGUUAUACCGUGAUCAUAAAUGAAGCCAUAAAAGAGUGCAGUGAUACUGUUUUCAAGAAGUAUCCUCCGUUAGUGACUUUCUCUGUGCAAAUAUUCACUGUGUCGACUCUAACUCCAAGACUUGUGAGGGAGUUGGACCUGCUUAAUGUUAUGUUGGGAUGUUUGAGCGGCCUUUUUCUUUCUUGUGUCAGUGAAGAAGGUUAUUUACAGGUCAGCAGAUGGGCAAGUUUAUAUGAAACGACUCUUCGUUUGGUUGAAGAUAUUCACUAUAUAAUGAGCCAUGUUGAAGUUCCCAAGUAUGUGAUUCAGGAGAUGCCUGACUUCUCCAGAACUUGGAUGGAAGUUUUGACUCUUGUGCAAGGCAUGGACCCUCAAAAGAGAGUAACGGGCCUUCAUUUAGAGGAGGAAAAUGAGAACAUGGAUGCACCUUUCGUGCUGGGGAAUUCUAUUGGGAACAUACAUUCUCUGUUGGUGACCGGAGCAUUUUCUCUCGAUGAUGCUGAAGAGAUCAUGCAAGAUUUGGAUGAUGGUGAUAGCCUGCGACAUGCAAAAGUGGGGAGACUUUCGGAGGAAAGCUCAAUAAGUAGUAUGACAGGGAGAAGCAGUUCAUUAAGUCAUAUCUCGCAGGUGACAGACAUAAAUUUUGGUACAAGUUCUUCUGUUCCAUGGCCUGUGACAUGGUUGAUUUUUGAGUGCCUGAAAGCUAUUGAAAAUUGGCUAGGACAUGAUGCUGCACUAAAGAAGCUCUUGGAUUCUUCAUCUCCUGGUACUAACAGCAAUACUCGUUAUAAUACAUCGACAUUGAGGAAAUCAUUAUUGAAGAUCAGGAAGGGCAGAAAUGUCACGAGGGGUUACCUGACAACAUCGAUGCCUGAAGGAGAUAGGUCUAGAAGUAGAUUGACUGGUUCAGUUGAGUUUCAUGGGAGGCUUGGCUCUUCUUUGGCUGUUUAUGGUGGAUUUCAUAUGAAUGCUAAAUCAGAAAGUGAAGGGAGUGCAGCACCACCACAGGACAAUAACCCAAUGGAUGUGAACGACUUGGAGUUUGAAAAUUGCUCCAGUUUGGGAGAUCUUUAUGAUAGUACCAUCAAGACAGACCGUGCCAUGGAAGUGGAUACCUUGGGUGUAUUGAGUUUGAAAGAAUGGCCGGAAAUAACAUAUGAUGUCAGUUUGCAAGAAAUAUCUUUUCACAUUCCUUUGCAUCGAUUGCUCUCACAAUUGUUGCAGAAGGCGUUGAGAAGAAGCUGUGGUGAUCCUGGGCUCACAGAGAUGAAGAAUGGCAUUCCUACAGGGCCUUUAUCUGCAUGCUAUCACAAUUUCUUUGAGCAGGUUCUUGAGGGUUUCCAUCCACUUGGGUUUUCUGCCUUUGUGAUGGAGCAUCCCCUACGGUUAAGGGUAUUUUGUGCUCAGGUGCAUGCUGGCAUGUGGCAAAAGAAUGGUGAUGCUGUCAUAUUAAGUUGUCAGUGGUAUCGUUGUGCUCCUUGGUGGAAAGAAGGAUUAGAGUUUGAUCUAUUUCUGUUGCAAUGCUGUGCUGCUUUAGCUCCACCAGAUCUAUUUGUUAAGAGGAUUCUAGAAAGAUUUGGGUUGUUGGAUUAUCUGUCUCUAAAUCUUGAACAAUCUAACAAGUAUGAGCCAGUGUUAGUGCGGGAAAUGUUCACUCUUAUCAUACAAAUAGUCAAAGAACGGCAGUUUUGUGGACUAUCCACAGAUGAAAAUUUGCGUAGAGAGUUGGUUUAUAAGCUGUCUGUCGGAGAUGCCACUCAUAGCGAGCUGGUAAAAGCUCUUCCUCACAACUUUUGUAAGAGCGACCAGCUUCAGAAAACUGUGGAUAUGCUUGCAGAAUAUUACAACCCAUCUGGGACGAAGCAGGGUAGAUAUUCACUGAGGAAAGAAUAUUGGAAGGAAUUGGACCUGUAUCACCCUCGCUGGAACUCGAGGGAUUUACAAGUUGCAGAAGAAAGGUAUUUAAGGUUCUGCAAGGUGUCAGCUUUGACAGUUCAGUUACCUCAAUGGACAAAGGUCUUUUAUCCCCUCAAUUCUCUCUCUAGAAUAGCUACAUCCAAGGCGGUCCUUCAACUUGUCCGCACAGUGCUAUUUUAUGCUGUAUUCACAGACAAAUAUUCUCUAUCACGUGCUCCUGAUGGAGUUCUUCUAACAGCUUUGCACUUACUUUCACUUGCGCUAGAUAUCUGUUCCAUCCACAAACAGAUUGGUGUGGCUAAAUAUGGUGGCGAUCAGUCAUGCUCAAGUACUUCAUCUGUUGAUGAGGAUUUGUUCCCUUUGUUGACUUGUGCUAGUGAAGAAAUUGAUGUGGGAGCAACUAAUGGGCCUGAUGAAUGGAAGCAGCAAAGCAUGCUUACACUACUGGUUUCAUUAAUGAGGAAGUUUAAGAAAGAAAAUGAACACAGCCUUAUGGAAGCAAGCCCACGAAACUUUUCUUCUUUAAUUGAAAUUUUAUUGAAGAAGUUUGGUGAGCUUGAUGCUGGAUGCAUGACCAAACUACAACCCUUUGCACCUGAUGUGGUACGUCGUCUGUCCCAAAUGAGUUUGGUUGAUACUACGAAGAUAGCAGCGCCUCCUUCUGAUGCUGAAGAGUGAAAGGCAAAGGUUCGAGAGCGGCAGGCUGCCGUAAUGGUGAGAUGUUAUUUCCUACUUUUUAAUUGUUUAUUCCUAUCAAGGGCCUGUUUGAUUUCCACAAUUACCUGUAAAUAGCCUGUAAAUAGGUCAUUAUUACUUUUUAUACUAGUUUGGUUUUUUGGGGAAAUUACUUGAUUGAAAAUCAUGUGAAUUUUAAUGGAUUC